CAGUUUUGUUUUGUGAGCGGUUGCGUCUGGUUGGUGCGGUACCUUUACACUGUGCGCAAAUUGUGUGGUGCAUUUUUUGAAACUGUAGUGGUGGUGUAAACUGACUGACUUCGUCUCUCUCUCUCUUUCUGUGCCUGUGCUCGUGUGCUGUGCUCCGUAUAUUCCCGUGUAUGUGUGUGUGUGCGCCUGCAUUCGAACAAAAAGGAAAAGUGUGAAGAAUUUGAAAGAAAGAAAGCGCAACUUAAAAUCGCUGAAAAAGAAAACUAAUAAAAAAAAACUCAUAAAAAAUGGCAACCGAAGUAGCUUCAAUACCCGCUGAGGAAACGCCAUCAGUUGCAGCAGCGGCAGUCACAGAAAACGCUGCUGCUGCCGCUGAGCAGGCGGAAAAACCUGCUGCUGCUGCUGGCGCUGCCGCUGCUGCAGAGCCUGUCGUCGUCGCUGCUGCAGCCGCUGCUGCCGAGAACGCUGACAACAACAAAGAGGAUGGAAAGGCGUCGUCGCCUGCUGCUGCUGCGGAUGGAGCUGCUGCUGCUGGUGGCGCUGCCGGCGCCGCUGCCGAUGGGAAGAAAGAUGGUGGCGUCGAUUCUACGGUUGCAGCGAAAUCUGAGGCGAAAUCUGAGGCGCCCGCCCAGAAAUUCAAUGUGCACAAGACCAAUUUCGAGAAGGACAUCAUUUAUCUGUAUCAGUUCUCCCGAACCCCCCUGCUGCCGUCUCUCUCGCCCUACUGCCUCAAAGUGGAGACUUGGCUGCGUCUGGUCGCGCUCAAGUACGAGAAUGUGGAUCAUAAGAUGCGUUUCCGUUCCAAGAAGGGUCAGUUGCCGUUCAUUGAACUAAAUGGGGAAGAGAUUGCCGACUCGGCCAUCAUCAUCAAGGAGCUGUCGGCCAAGUAUGAUAAGAAUUUGGAUGCCGGUUUGACUGCGGAGCAACGCAAUGUUUCGUAUGCGACAAUUGCCAUGCUCGAGAAUCAUUUGAUUUGGAUCAUCUUCUAUUGGCGCGCCAAGUAUCCCGAUAAUGUCCUCAAGGGAUACAAAGUGAAUUUGCAGCAUGCGCUCGGCCUGCGUUUGCCCAAUUCCAUUUUGAAUUUCUUCUUUAAAAUAACAUUCGGUCGCAAGGGCACGAAAAAGCUAAAGGCGCACGGCAUCGGUGUCCAUAGCGCCGAGGAGAUCGAGGAGUUUGGCAAGAACGAUCUGAAGGUGCUCAGCGAGAUGCUCGACUGCAAGCCGUUCUUCUUUGGCGAUGAGCCCACAACCCUUGAUGUUGUUGCAUUUGCUGUGCUAUCGCAAUUGCACUAUCUGUCCAAGGAUAUUGCGUAUCCGUUGCGCGACUAUAUGACCGAGAAGUGCCCCAAUCUAAUUGGCCAUGUGUCGCGCAUGAAGGACAAGUGCUUCCCCGACUGGGAUGAGAUCUGCACAAAGCUCGAUCUGAAUGCGCACAUUCCCAAGCCAGAGCCCGAGACCAAGGAGGGCAAGGAGGGUGGCGAGCAGGAGAAAUCAAAUGAGCAGGAGGGCGCCGAUGGCGACAAGAUCGAGAAGGAGCUGGAGAAGGAUAAGUCGACCGAAAAGGAAUCGACCGAGGAGAACAAGGAGAAGGAGGAGACAAAGUAAAGCGCCGUUAGUUACAUCAUAUAUAUAAAUCUAUGUAUAUAUAUAUGCAAAAGGACGAUGAACGGAAUGGAAUACAACAAGAAGAACAAGAACAACAACCCCCCAAAAAACAUAUAUAUGUAUAUAUAUAUGUAGUACGAGAUACUAUUACUAUAUAUCUAUAGUAUAUAUAUAUAUAUAGUUAACGCACUGCGCUCAUAUAUAUUAUAACAUUCAACAAGCCAGAAAAAAAAAAUCAUUUAAAGCAUAGGACAACUGUAAAGCAAAACAGGCAAAAACAUAACAAAAAAAAGAAUGAUCCACUCAAAACAAAAAAAAAAGAAAAAGUAAAAAAAGGAAAACAAAAAACGUAUAUACAAUAACGUAACGUAAAAACUUUGGACAUCUUUUUUUAUAUAUAUACAAAGUAAAAAGAAAAAGAAAAACAAAACAAAAAAAAAAUACAAAAAAAGAAAAAA